AUGGCCAUCUUGAUCUCAAACAGAGACGAAGGUUACAUCUUGGAAUUUAUCUUCCGUCGGGAUACUGAUGAAAGAAUUCCCUAUACUGAUUCGAGCCUCGACUAUCUGCCCGAGAUUGUCCGCAAGAACUUUAUAGACAAACAGUGGCAGUUCAACCCAAUUAACCUUCAGCGCGGCCAAGUCCAUCUCGAAAUCCAGGAUGAUGCAGUAUUGCCUGUUUUAUCAGAAGAAGAGGUCGGCAAAGGUGCCUUCGGAAUAGUUUGGAAAACUGGCCUAGAUGCUAAUUGCCAAACGCUCAUACAAACACAUACCGCAAAGGAGGUUUUUAUAGCUCGGAAGGAACAAGAAAGGGAUAUGUCCAGAUCCCCAGAGAGGGUGAUUCUUGACCUUGUUCAAAACCUGAAGCAUCCAAACAUAGUAGAAUUUCUAGGUUCUUACACCUAUCGCAGAUCUUUCAAUCUUCUCUUCCGACUAGCUACACAGGAUCUCAAAGCCUUCCUGCAUCAGGAAAAUUCGUCCAUUAUGGCGCCUCAUGCUAUUUACCGGAACAUGUUUGGAGUAGCAGAGGCCCUCAGUCAGAUCCAUAACUUUUCCCUGCAGGAUGAUCUAGGAAACAUCAGCAGAAUUGGCUACCAUCAUGAUCUGAGACCAGCUAAUAUUCUUGUCGACAUUGACCGGAAACUCUUUAUGCUUUCUGACUUUGGGUUAUCUAGAAUGAAGUCCGAUGAUGAGACUUCAAAGACCAAGCUCCAUGGCGGGCAAGAUGACUACCUGGGGCCCGAAGCAUUCGAUUACCAAGCCUGUGUAAACGGGGACGUUAGGCGAUCACUGGACGUGUGGGCUUUUGGCUGCAUCCUUUCAGAGAUCGCGACCUUCCUAGAGGGGAAAAGUGUCAAAGACUUUCGGGAAAAGAGACGGGCUACUCACGAUGGACUAUUCCCGAUGACAGACCAUUCUUUUCAUCUAAACAAAGGAAUUCGGCCAGCGGUGGUAGAAUGGCUAUCUGUACUUGCCACGGCCCCACGCGAUCCUUUGAUGGUUCAAUUGGUCAGCCAGAUUCGAGAAAUCAUGGAUCCUCACGCCUCCAGAAGGCCCAGAAUGUCAGACGUGGCACUAAAUCUCAGAAAUCUUGCUCUGCAUUCGAGUGUGGCGGCCGUUGACAAUUGCUUCAGGGAUUUAAUGUCUCCGGAUUCACGAGGCUUGACUGCAAAGCACCGCAUUUUGCAUGUCAUUGAGUAUAAACGGUUCGAGGCUUGGUGGUCUGUGUAUGCCAGCCUGCAUCAGGCCGUUGGGAGGGAAAUCAGUGGAGAUUUGUUACGCUAUGUAACAGAACUCUACGAAGCGUUAAAUAGGGGUCGUGAUGCUGGCAUGAGUCAGAGUAUGGAAGGCCUUCCGUAUGAUUGCCUACAUGCUAUCGACCAGCUUUGCAAACCUCUGCCGAAAACCUCGUCCGAUGAAUGCCAGGCAAGAUGGAUCCAGAAUGUUUGCGAGAUAGAAGAUCUCGAUACACUUCAACAGAUUCGUGCCAUGGCCAUGCCGGUGCGGUAUCGGUGGGUGGGAGUCGGCGCAGCCAUGAGGCACAUGUCCAUGGCAAUAUCCGCUUCUAUUCAGUAUGGGCAAAAGAGCCGUUACAUGGAUGCUGGACUUAUUGAGGUUGGCGAGUCUGAUUCUCAGCUGGUUCAUGAAUCAAAAACAACAGGAUACUUGACUCGCGACGGCCUUACUGAGACUGUCCUGAUUGAGUGGAAAACAUACGACGCGUCUUGGAAGGGCCAUGAGAUGAGGCUUGGCAAGAUUAUGGAUGAUUUAGUCAAUCUGUUAGACCCAGAUGUUACCCCACGACUGGGAACCGCACAGCAUCGAAUCCCUAACUGCCUUGGCUACUUUCACCAGCCUCAUAACUACCGUUUUGGGUUCAUCUACACAAUUGAAGCUCAGAGGAUGAGACAUGACCAUCGCUUGGUCUCUCUGAAUAGCUUCUUGCAAGUGAUGACCGAACAGAACAAUGGCGACUAUGAACAGACAGAUCUUGGCGAUUAUUUCCUACUUGCUAAAGAACUGGCGGUAUGUUUAUUCGCGGUCCAUCAGGCCGGGUGGCUACACAAGAACCUCUCAUCUCAUCACAUGCUGUUCUUCUGCCCAGAUAUAGCUUCUGCCAGCCGCCACAUCAAGUUUGCAUUUCUCACCGGAUUCAAUGACAGCCGUCCUGAAGCGACAAGCUUCACACUUGGCCCAAAGGCAGAGCACAGGCUGUUUCAACAUCCAGACUACUUGCCUGGUGUUCCUUUCCGGCGAACGUUUGACUACUACGGCCUAGGAAUUGUGCUGCUGGAAUUAGGCAUGGGCGUGAGAGUUUACGAUAUGAAGGAGUCUUGCCCAGAUAUAGCUGUAGGUCAUGGUUUCCAUAUGAAGUUGCUUGAGUCCUAUGUACCACAGCUGGGUCCACUGAUGGGGGCAAGAUACAGAGAUGCCGUGAGAUUUUGCCUGGACGCAGAGAGAAUUAUUUCUGAAGACAGAGGGCGAUUUGGACCCGUCGAUGAAAGAGACAUUCAGAGGAUGUUUCAAGAGAAUGUAGUGGAAUUGCUGGCUGGUUGUGAGGCUUAA